GCAAGGUGACAACAAUAAAGCGAUGCGAAGCCAGCCAGAUGGCCCCACCAGCAUACGAGCUGGCCUUCUGAGCACGUGACAAGUGUUGCUCGUAUAGAUUGCUAAACGAUUGUCCUUGAUGCAGGUGGCGAUGGGGGUCGAGUCUACAAGCUUCCAAGUGUUCGCCCUCUGUCAGGAACCCAUCCAUUCGGACACAUGAUGCUGACGAAAGUGAAGGACCCACCUCUACAAACGACAAUAAUGAAGUCAAUAAAAGUGUGGCAGUUCGCAGGUUGCGAAGAUUUGCGUGGUUUCUUCGAAGAGAGGAACAUUGAAUUUCUUCGGAGGAACCACAGAGAGCAGAGCAACAUUGGAAGUAGCAUUGGAAGAAUUUGCCAAGGCGACAGAGAUGGGCGUAUGGAGAAGGUUGAAGGGAUGGAUGAAGAGAACUGUUCUAGGAAUGGUGAUGAGAGUUGUGCGAACGAGACUGUAUAAAUUUCUUCGCAAAAUUGCCAGAGCGAGUGUAGUGCCUCUUUCGAUCACAGCUGGAGCUGCAGGCGUUGGAGUCGGCGUUGCGUCUCUUGUCGCUUUUCCACUUUUGUAUGGUGGACUCAUUGGAGCUAGCGCAGGAGCGGUGGCAGUUCUUUUAGCACGACUGUGGUUGAGGCAGGCUGAAGCAGAGCGCUCUCGCAGAAAAAGCCUGACAACUUUCUCAUUCCUGUCCAAAAAGGUGAGGAAGAAAACUGUCUGACAUCAAUUCCGUAUAGCACGUUUCCUGAGGACCAGUAGUUACCUUACAUGAAAGUGAGGAUGGAAUCUACGUCUUGUUUAAUUCAGCUGGGUUUCACAUUCCCGUGGCUGAAAAGGUCGAAUUGGUUGGUGGGGCAACAGAAGACAUCAACAAACCUAGUCCGGUCUCCCAUUCCCGUCAAAGGUUGUAACCAAACGACCGCG